UAAUAAUAUAAAAACGCCAUUACAAUGAUCGAUGCGCGCGACUAUGAUAUAGGCCUGUUCGAUCUCGGGCUCCCACAUGCGGGAUAGACCGCCACCGAUCGCCACUUAUGAUUCACUGUCCGUGCCCGCCGCCCGUGAUCCAUACCGCAUUAUAUAUACCUACCGUAUACCGAUACAUCAUCGCUAUCAUUAUUCCGCGUACCCACCGUACCCGUGUGCGCCGCCAGCCCCGCGGAUAACAACAAUAAAAUAUAAAACGUUAUAAUAAUAAUAUACCUACGGUAAUUAAAUCGUGAUAACGCGCCGUAAUAAUAAUAACAUUAUCAUACGUCGAUAAACGAAGGAAGAGAAACCGUUUAGAGUGAUCAGUUGGACGUCAUCUCGCCCGCGACGCACUGCUGCAGCAAACGCCACGCUGCCGAUCCAUACUGCUGUGCCGAUUGUGGAACGUUUCGAGUUUCGUUUUUUUGGGGUUUUUUUUUUUUUUUGGUUUUAUGAUUUUAUAAUUUUUUUAACUCGCUCAUUCGUUAAGAUUUCGUCGGUUUUCGUUUCGUUCCGUUCGAUUCUCUGUGGCCGAGCGCUCAGUGAAAUGCGUCAAUGUCCCGUCCGUUUCCUCACGCAAGUGAAAAGUAAAAUUGCACUUCCGAUUCUGCAGUAGCCGUUGCAUCGUUUUCACAUUGCAGUACACCGCCCUCGAGUACCAGGAAAUCGACACCCGUUCCGGUCACCAUGCAUAUCAGACACCAGAAAAGAUCGACGACAGCGGGAAGUAACCGCCGAUUAGGAUCUUGCGUUGAUAAGAGACCGUGUGGGUUUGAAGCGGCUUGUCGGCAAUUGGACAAGGAAUGGUAUAUAUGUAUAUGUCCACAAGACUUGAGUGAGCCCACCGAAGACUUGAAAUGUCUCACGAGAAAAACAGUGCCAGUGGCCCCGAAAUCAUUUGUGAACUUGAGCAUCAACAAAAACGAACACAAACAGUUGGAAACUGUGGUGCAUCCGUUCACGACCACCAGUCAGCCAACUAAGACCACACUAAACCAAACGACAUCAUUUCCCCCCGUGAAACAGAACAUGGACGUCAACAUAUUGGGUUUUAUUUUGCGCAUAAACGUGCUCAUGAUAUUGGCGGUGGGAAUAGCAGCGUUUUUGUCGGUGGCGUUGAUACUGGCUAUAUGGUGGAGUCGAGCUUCGAAAGGCUGCUGCAAGUCAAAAGCAGCCAACAACAUUUCACCUGUGGUGUCCCUGAUAAGAGGAGUGAUCCAGGAAGACAGUUUCGCGCUGAAUCCGCAAUACGCCGCUCCAUCGCCCGUCGCUAAAGAUACUAUUCUGAUACCGUAUCUAAGUAAAAGUUGUAUAUCCUCAAUGGAGGAAAUCGGGCAAGGAUUUUUCGGAAAAGUUUACAAAGGUAUCCUCCAACAGACCGAUGGCAAGUAUGAAACAGUCGCCAUAAAAGUUUUGAAGGAUCACACAAACUUGGAAGCCAAGGAAGACUUCAUGAGGGAAGUAGAGAUAAUGACGUAUUUCAGACAUCCGAAUAUCUUGACAUUGAUUGGAGUUUGUCCCCAAGAAGACAAAUGUUCUCCGUGGAUGAUAUUCGAGUUCAUGGCAUAUGGAGAUUUAACCGAAGUUCUGAGAAACAGCAGUGAUCAGUUCACAAAUUAUUCUGCACAUUUGCCGAAUUUGGAUAAAGAUGCAUUGUUGGUGAUAUCCUUACAAAUAUCAGCGGGCAUGAAAUACUUGGCGAGUCAGCGGUUCGUGCACAGAGACUUGGCUUGUAGGAAUUGUCUAGUCGGCAACAAUCUGACUGUGAAAAUCGCUGAUUUUGGAAUGAGCAGGGACAUUUACACAUGUGACUAUUACAAAGUCGGAGGAUCCCGAUUGCUUCCUGUGAGGUGGAUGUCACCGGAAAGCGUCGUCUAUGGAAAAUUCACCCUGGAAUCGGACGUGUGGUCAUUCGGUGUAGUGUUGUGGGAAAUUUAUUCACUGGGAAAACAACCGUACUAUGGUUAUUCGAAUGAUGAGGUCUUAAAAUUGAUUCACGAUGGCGUGUUAUUGGACAUACCGAUGAACUGCCCUCCGGUUAUAUGCGUGUUGAUGAACGGAUGUUGGAAAAGUGACCCCAAAGAACGUUUGCGGUUCACCGACAUUUACGAUCGUUUGAAAAAUGUCACCAAACGACCAGAACUGGACAGUCCGUUGCCCAGGCCACCCACAUUGCCGGUGAUCGUUGAUCAUCUGAGCUUGAGAAAAAUGCCUUCGGAAGAACUUUUGGACGUCGACGAUUACCUGCAGCCCGACGAACAGCGUGUCACUGUGGAGUACAUAAUGCCAUAUCCUGCAUUGUAAACUCUUGUAUUGUUCCUUUUGAUAUAAUAUAAUUAUAUUAUUACUACCCAAGUCGCUUGUACUCGAUAUUUAUAAUAUACGAUUUCUGUCGAUUACGUUUUAGUUAGGUAUACCAUUAUAGUUUGAAUAUGUCAUAACGUUUAUUUACAUAAUUAUUUUUGAACAUAAACUUACUGGGAUUUUAAGAGUUGAUCUGCUAUUUUUUCGAUACCUAAUACGACUUUAUACUAUACAUUUUUACAUCGAUUUUCAUAAACAAAAUGUAACAUAUUUUAAUAACUUCGAACAUCAUUAGUAUAGUAUAGAUAUAGUUGUAAGUGACAUAUUAUUAUGUUGUAUUGUAGUUUUAAGAACGACGUCAUAUUGUAAUAUAUUUUUAAAUAUUAAUAAUUUUAAGUAAUCAGUAGUAGUAAUUACCAUUUUUAGUGAACUGUUCAUAAUGGUUUUGUUUACUAUUACUAAAUAAUAAUAAUAAAUUAGAAUAAUUAAUGAUUUAGAUUUAUAUAAUAACUAUAAUAAGUGAUUUUUAUUUUACAAUUAUUUUAGUCUUUGGA